AUGGAUCUUCCUUUUGGUUACGUCUACGAUGACCGAAUGCUUCUUCAUAAAUGUCAUUAUGACAAUACAAUGGCUGAAAGACCUGAAAGAAUGAGCUUGAUUUUCGAGAGAUUACUUCAUGAUAAAUUGUUAAUUGGAAGCUUGAAGAUUGAAUCUCGCCCAGCUACUGAUGAAGAGCUGCUCAUCAACCAUCCAAGAGAACUUCUCUCGGAGCUACAAGACUUGAAAACUUCAGAUGAUUGUGAAGAAUAUUGUCGCGAUAAAGAAAUUUUGUGGCUCAGUCCGGAAAGUGAGCAGGCUGCAAGACUGGCAGUUGGCUCAUCGAUUGAUAUUGUCAAAGCGAAUAUUGAUAAGAAAAUUGGAAACGGUUUUGCUAUUGUUCGUCCACCUGGACAUCAUUCGUAUGGGAAAAUUUCUCAGGGCUACUGUGUUUUCAACAAUGUGGCUAUUGCUGCUAAAGUUGCAUUAAAGGAUUUCGGAGUCAAAAAAAUUGCCAUAGUUGACUUCGAUUACCAUGCUGGAAAUGGCACGUUUUAUUCUGUUAAGAAUGAAGAGAACAUAAUGUUUGUUUCACUACAUUCAUACUGCCAUGCAGCUUUCUGGCCAUUCAUGAAAGAAUUCGACUUCGAUACAGGAAAAAACACUAUAUUCUUUCCCCUUAAUGGAGCUAUGAAUACGGAAGUUGAUUUUAUGGCAGCAUUUCAUCAUGUGAUUCUUCCAAUCCUAAAAGAGUGGGCUCCUGAACUCAUUUUGGUGUCAGCCGGCUUCGACGCUGGAUUCUAUGACAUUAUGCUUGAAAUGGGACAAGCAGUGAAAGCUCAUGGAUUCGGUCACAUAGUACGUUGUCUCAACGAAAUCACACCUGAUCAUGUGAUCGCCAUAUUAGAAGGAGGCUAUUUCCCUCGAAACUAUACCGAGUCUGCAGCAAUGAUGGUGCGAGGACUGAAGGGUCUGAAAUUACCCAAAAUUGAUUACUCUAUUCCUGUUGCGGGUCCGAUGAUAGAAACAAUAUGGAAUAAUGUUAUCCAUCAUAAAAAACAUUUCAAUUGUAUGGAAUUGAAAGAACGCCUACUUCAAGCACAACAGGAAAAAGUUGGACUCUUACCGUUCAUGCCGAAGACGCAGAUCUAUUUGGGUGGAGAGAUGAGAAGGAUGUACGAUAAAGUGAAGAAACGAAAAGCCGUCAGGACACGAGAGUGGUUCCCCGAAUUAUCUCCAGAAGCUGUAGCGAAAAGUACCAAAAAAAUUGAUGAAUAUAUACAUAAGUACAAAUACGAAGAGAAACCAGAAAAGUAUUUCUGUGAUCUGAAUGUGAAGUUGGAACAAUUACUUUGGACAGAGCAGACGGAAGCGGACUACUUCAUUCGGUCAGCUGAAACAACUUUAUUUUUCGUGAACGACUUCCGAGAUUUCGUAGAGGGCAGAAAAAACCAUACGAUGAUAUGUGACAGAGAGCUCUACGACAUCGAAAAAGAUGAACGAAAGAAAUGA